CGAUGUGAUACGUAUCAUGCGAAAAGGCCUCCCACGCAGCUAUGACGAUAAUUUAGACACGUCAACGUCAUCCGAAGAGGAAUCGUUACUCACCCCAGAUCUCGAUCUACUAAAUCUAAGGGUGCCGAUUUAUCACGAUAAAACUCGAACUGCCGCCGCGCGACGACGAGUUGUAAAACGAUCAGAUGAGGAGUCUCAUCCGCCAAAUCUUCUCGACGAAUUUCGCCUUCUGAAAGCUAGAAAUUCACUCGAGAAUACCACCAAGCCUAAAUCACUCCACAAGGACGACCUGUCGUCAGACAUUUCUCUGCAGCGAGCAGCGAGUCUUCAAUGUGUUUCCGGAAAGGCAUUGCACACGAGCAAGUAUGAGCACCAGGUGACUUUUGCGGAAACGGGAUAUUCGAGCGACGAAAGAGUCACGCAUAAAUCUGACCUGAGAUUUUGGUUCGAGUUGUAAGAGCAAGAGGUUGUUGGAAAUUUUUCAAUAACGGUCUCCUUGUUACUCGUGCAGGAGGAAGGGAACGCCUCGCAUCAUCA